GAAACUCAAAAUUCAACCAAAAUUUAACAUGGAUCCACUUUCUUUGACUUGGUAAGUUAUUGGUAUUUUCUUGAAUACAUAGAACAAAAUUGUUGCCUAUCUCGUUAGCUUUCAAGUUAGGUUUUUCAGCUAUAAAAGGAAAGCCCUCUUGUGUUUCUCUUCACCAAAUUAAGUAAAGAACUUCAAUUCACAAACUAGCCAGGAUUUCCAAAGAAGGCAUACCAGAGAUGAGUUCCAUGACUAAAGCUUUUAUCUUGAUUGCCAUGGUUGCAUGUCUCACCUCAACUGCGCAUGCCAUUGCUGGCCAAGCAACUUUCUACACACCUCCCUAUCUUCCAUCGUCAUGUUUUGGCUUUGAAGAUCGCGGUGUGAUGAUUUUAGCAGCAAACAGCGGUUUGUUUGCAAAUAGAGCUGCAUGUGGGACUAGGUACCGAGUGACUUGCACCGGUAGAACCAAUCUUGGAGUUCUGGCACCAUGCACGGGGAGAAGCGUUGAUGUUACAGUUGUAGAUCUUUGUCCAGGUUGUGCAGGAAAUCAGGUCGAUCUUUCCCAAGAGGCGUUUGCUGUGAUUGCGAAUACUGAUGCAGGAAGAAUUAACAUUGAAUAUAACCGGAUCUGAUUUUAUAUCAUGCAUGUAUAUGUAAGAUGUCAAUAAUAAUCUGGCUUAAUGAGUUUUCAUCCAAAAUAAAUGAGAC